AUGGAUGAUAUUUUGGCCAAGUCUUUUUGGUAUGCUCCGGAGGUGGGUUUCUCUUUUUCUAAUUCCUUAGGUAGGUCGGGAGGAUUACUCAUUUUAUGGAAUGAUAAAGUGGAGGUUGUGAAUAGCUUUAAAGGAGAGGGAUACUUGGGUAUUAAAGUUUGUUGGGAGAAUGAGAUGUAUUAUGUGGUAAACGUUUAUUCGCCUUGUACGUUGAUCAAAAAAAUUGUGUUAUGGAAGAAGUUGCUCAAGUUGAAGGAGACUUUCAAGGAUGGGGAAUGGAUCAUGGGAGGGGAUUUCAACGCGAUAAAAAAUUGUAGAGAAAGAAAGGGGCGAGCGGUGAAUGUGAAUAAAAGAGAAGUGGAGCUUUUUGCGGAGUUUAUUGAUAAAAGUGCUUUGGUGGACAUUCCUUGCAAAGGGAAAAAGUUCUCUUGUUUUAGCGGGGAUGGGAAGUCGAUGAGUAGAAUCGAUCGCUUUAUCGUUUCUAACAAAGUGGUGUCUAAUUGGGAGGUUACGGGUCAAUUCAUUGGUGAUAGGGAUAUUUCGGAUCAUUGCCCCAUUUGGAUUUUGAAGGAUCAACGGAAUUGGGGACCUAAACCUUUUAAAUUCAAUAACGAAUGGUUUAGUUUUGAUUCCUUUAUUCCUUUUGUGGAGAAAGAGUGGAAAAGUAUGAAGGUGGAAGGAAGAGGGGAUUUCGUGCUAAAAGAAAAACUUAGGCUCCUAAAAGAUAAGUUAAGAAUUUGGAACAAAGAUGUGUUCGGUAGAAUUAAUUUGGAGAUGGAGGAUGGAGUUAGUAGUAUGAAUUUGGCCGAUGACAAACUCGCUUCCGAUGAUUUUAUCAACUUCGAAAGCAUUAUGGAUUUAGAAAGGAAGCUUGUAGUAAGUUUUGGAGGAAUUUAA